CAUUCUUGAGAUAUUUAAAGAAAAUUCCCAAAGUUUUCGAAAACAGUACCGCAGUACCGUAGAGAUCAGUGUGCCGGGCUAGUGUUUCUUUAGAUAUAUCAGUACCUAUUAGAACAUAUUGGACGAAGCCAAGAUGAAGCCUCUACCUUCCACCACUCAACUACCAAGAUGGAAGGAAAAAAAUAAAGACCAGAAGAAGUGCAUCACUACAGCCGAGGGAAUACUGGUAACGCACCCCACCAGCAGUAUCACUGUAGGACAACAUGGUCCUAUCGUCUUAUACGACUCGAACCUAAAUGAAUCACUGGCCCAAUUCAACAGGGAGAGGUUACCGGAAAGAGUGGUCCACGCUAAGGGCUCCGCAGCCUUCGGUCAUUUCGAGGUGACCAAUGAUAUCACCAAAUACACAACAUCGAAAAUAUUCGAGUUGGGAAAGAAGACUCCGAUUGCUGUGAGGUUUUCCAGAGUAGCCGGAAGUUUGGGAUCAGCCGAUACGGAUAUGGAUCCAAGAGGUUUCGCGAUCAAGUUCUACUCUGAAGAAGGCAACUGGGAUUUGGUUGGAAACAACACACCCAUUUUCUUCAUUAGGGACCCGAUUCUAUUUCCCCAAUUAAUUCAUUCCCAAAAACCGAAUCCUGUGACUAAUUUGAGAGAAUGGAAUCAGUUUUGGGACUUUUUAUCACUGAGGCAAGAAUCUGUUCAUCAAUUAAUGUUCUUAUUCUCUGACAGGGGAAUACCGCAAAGCUACAGGCAUAUGCAUGGUUACGGAUCACAUACAUUCUCAUUUGUAGAUAAGGACCAGAAACUCACUUAUUGUAAAUUCCAUUACAAGACUGAUCAAGGCAUUAAAAACCUAUCACCAGCAGAAGCCCAACGUAUUGCAGGUGAAGAUCCUAAUUAUUAUGGAAGAGAUCUCUAUGAUGCAAUAGAAAAUAAAAAUUAUCCAUCAUGGACACUAUAUGUCCAAUUAAUGACACCAGAACAAGCCAAAACUAAAAGUUAUGAUCCUUUUGAUAUCACAAAAGUAUGGCCACAUUCAGAACAGCCACUGAUAAAGGUUGGCAGGUUGCUACUGAAUAAAAAUCCAUCAAACUACUUUGCUGAAGUUGAGCAACUGGCUUUCAGUCCAAGCAACAUUACUCCAGGAAUAUGGAUCUCACCUGACAGAUUAUUGCAAGGUCGCUUAAUUUCUUACCCUGAUGCUCAUAGGUACAGACUAGGAACAAACUAUGCCCAACUGCCUAUCAAUUGUCCUUUCAAAGUGAGCAAUUACCAAAGAGAUGGUGCUUCAAAUGUUAUAAAUCAAGGAGGUGCUCCUAACUACUAUCCCAACAGUUUCAGUGGUCCUAUUGAAUGUCCUCAUAAUUAUCCUUUACCUCAACAAAUAGAAGGAAAAGCUGGACAUUAUGACACAGGAACAACUGAGGAUGAUUAUAAACAAGCUAAUAUUUUUUAUAACAAAAUUUUGGAUGCACCUGCAAGAGGAAGGCUAGAGGAUAACUUAGUGUCUACUUUCAAGAAAGUAACAAACGAAAAAGUGAAAAACAAUGUUUUGCAAAUGUUUUCUAAUGUAGAUCAAACUUUUGGAAAUAAUUUAAAAGAAAAAUUAAGGAAGUCUUUGAUGCAAGAAGGAUCCUAAAUAACAUAUUUUCAGUACGUGAGUUGUAAUAUAAAUAAAAAGAAGUUGCAAGAAA